UCAGUUCUAGCUAGCGAGCUGAAUGGAGAAAGUCGAUUGGUUCUGCAAUGGAUCAACGUGUUUUUCGGUGCUACUGUUACUUAAUCCACGUGCUCGUUGUGUUGCUGACAGUGAUGAACUUCGUAGUACUGCAUGAUAUUAGUGAAAUAAUUCAAAUUCAAGCUCCACGUAUUGUGCCAGAACGUGCGAAUCUUACGAUGGAGUGCGAGCUUCAAGUGCAUGAUGAUCAAGAAUUAUCCAUUAAUUGGUACUUUUCGGAAAUAAAGACCCCUGUUCAGUCCAUCUCAAACAUGCAAGUAGCACAGGCCGGUGAAAAAAGCACUCUGCUCAUCAAAAGCGUCCUUAAACAGCAAAGUAACUUGUACUACUGUUGCUUGGAAAGUGCUACAACCAUACCAAAUGGAUGCGUUUCACACAGCUUACUCGUGCUGUACACAACACUCGAACAGAGGAUAAUGGAAAUAGAUGAAAGUACGGCUGUGCUGGUCCUUACAAGAUCUGCAGACGCUACACCACCUGUGGAGGACACCACUUUAAGCUUCGCCAUUUGUUUGCGCUAUCGUUGGAAGUUGGAGCAGGUGCAACUAUUCGCCUUUCCGGACACUUUAAUCCAGGAUAGCCAUCCGAACGGCUCGCUAGAUAUGGAGAAAGGCACCGAAAAGCCACUCUGUAAAUACAUCAAUUACAAUAUGGAAGCUACAUCACCUACCGACAAUCGGUUGUUUUUGAUUAAAUCCUUCGACUUUCGACGGGUGUCUACAGUAACGUACCAUCUGCAUGUCCUUUUGAAUGGAAAACCAAAACCAAAAAUGAAUGGGAUGAUAGUAAUACCAGACGAGGGAUCUUUUGAGAUAUUCUGCUGGGGUACAGCAUUUCCUGCCCCGAGAGUAAAAUUCUUCUUCACACCGUGCCCAUCCCUUGAGUGGCAUAAUUGCAACAAUCCGCCAGUACAAUUGGAUGAGGUAUAGAAAAAUGUAUCCAGUAAACAUCCUUUUCCCUUUCAAUUGACCUUACUUAAGCUUCUUCCAGGUAAUCUCCACCAGCAGUACGAUCACCUUCAACGAAAGUCUACCAGUGAGCUUCGGAUCACACAUCACAGCAGGAAUAGUGCAGUGCCAGGCGUCCAAUGCCGACGGUACCGCCAUCGCUCACUCCAAGAUAUUCAAGCACCACCAGCGCAAAAUGAUGAGCCUGCAAAUCCUACACCCAACCGACACGAUCUACCAGGGCGACUCCAUCAUCGUUCAAUGUUCCGCCGAACGGCACAUCUUCACCAACAGCUUCACUUUUCGCACGGAAGACGAACAGCGCUCCAUUGCCGUACAUGACGUACCAGACGCAGAACAUUCCUUCAAUUGGGUUGCAAAUUUUACGAUAAGCAACGUCACGAUAACCGGCAACUAUGGGGUAGAGUGUGAAGCGAUGCAUCACAAUGGAACGUUGUCGAGCCGGCGCUUAUCGCUGAAGAUCGUACGACCCUACCUUACCGUUCGGGAACGGUUGAUACGCGUGGUUGCUAGAGGUGAUCCAGAGCCGUUGCUGCUGAGCUGCAAUGCCGCAGGACGUCCAAUGCCACAGUACCGAUGGUACAGGAAUGGGGAACUGCUGCCCAACACAAACUUUAUGUUGGUGGUAACCUCUUCAGUGCAGGAUGAGUACGCUUGCUACACGUGGAACAGGGCGGGCGAGGAGUGGAUUAGAUGGGAUAUAGUGCACCGGGAAGAAGCGGACGAACACGUGCUUUAUCAAACCAUUGUAGCGGGCGUACUUUUUAUCAUAGCUGUUCUUGGAUGUGUUAUGUGUUAUAUAAAAAUUAGACAACUUUACAUGCUUCUUCUUAUUUAUAGAGCUGCAAAAAAUCGGCAAUCCUUAUUGUAUGCCAAUAAUUUAUGUCAAGAGCUCCACACUCACGAAUAAAGCAUUCUUCACAUAAAGUGUCCACGUAAGAGGCAA